AUGGCGUUGGCCAACUGUGGUUGCUCACUUGAGCGAUACUAUCGUGUUGCUUUUGCUAACACUGACUCUAUCAAAACGGAACUAGGCAUCAUAACCCACCUGAAGCGAAAAGACACACUCAACAGUGUCACGGCAUUCUUGCCCGCCCUCGAGACAUUCCCUUCCGACUUCAUAACUACAAGUGGUAUAACCGGGUACAACCUCCUUGAUUACAAGAAAAGGGUCCAUCGACGAGGGCUGGUUGAGAUGGCACAUGAGUAUCUUUGCAUUCGGCGUAAUGGUUCUUUUUAUUGGCCUCCUUGGGCCAGUCAUCCUAACUCACUAGAAUACCCACGAGAUAAUGACAACAUUUACUAUAACAUCAUAUGGCUCUUUGCCAGGCAAAACAAUAAAAGGAUUAGAAAGAGGAUACGAUCGAGACGAGCGCAUCAGCCCCGAAGUGUUGUUUACAACAGCGAAAGCCCCACACCUUCACUAGACGGCUCACUAGCAUCUCGUUAUGCGUCACCAGCGGACGAUGGAGGGGAUUCUCUUCCCUCUUCACAGAGUACCUCCGCGACUCAGAACACUAUGCCUGAUGCGCCGAGAAACGAGAUACGACAGAUGAACUUUGGGCAAAGAUUUAGCCCUGAUGAACUCGCUGAAGAUCAUUACUCUCAGAUGGAUGCACAACAACAGCAGAGUCAGGUACAACAAGAACAAGACAGUCUUAACAGGAUGGACCUUGACCAGCAGCCAUCCCUCCUACCAAUUCACUUGGCUCCUGUUGCCAUUCCCCCUGUGACCACUGCUUCGAUAGGAACUCAGACAUUCGAUCAGGACGAACCACGUCCCAGAGAGCAGAAUGCACCUCCGCCGUCAUCGAUGAAUACGAACAGUGCCUCUCAGGGGUCAAACCGAGCGCAUAAUAAUCGUGAUAACAGGGCACAUCCACCGAGUUCAAUUGAAGAGAUAGAAAGGCCUCACGAUCUUCCCCUGGCACGCCCACGGAAUGCUCGUCCGGUGGUAGGAUGCACUAUUGACGUUGUAGUCAGCUACGAUUUCAUGCCUGGCAAUAACGUCGAGUUGCCUCUGGUUGGGAAUAUCUUCUCAUACUCUCUGAAACAGUUGUUUAAUAAGGCGAAAUGGCAGACUAACUUUCAAUGGCUUUUUAUCUUGCUACAGGCAACUAGUACAUCUCCGGGGGUAAGGAACCCGUGCUUCAUGGAACGCGUCUUGAUAAACGACGAGAGAAAGUUUCAGACUGUACUACGCAGGUUCAAACUGCAAGCUGAGAGCCUUAAAUCUUGCUACACUCAGCUGAAUACGGAUGCUGUUAUUGAGAUAUGCUUCGAACCGCUGAUCAAUGGCCAUUCGCAUAGUGUGCACUUCGAUGCUUGGUAUCGCCAUAUGAACUAG